UUGCUUAUCUAUCUAUCUAUCUAUCUAUCUAUCUAUCUAUCUAUCUAUCUAUCUAUCUCAAUCAUUUUUGUAUCUAUGUCAGUCUCUUCACAUAUCUCUCUCUCUUUCUCUCUGUCUAUAUAUAUAUAUAUAUAUAUAUAUAUCUUAAUAUUUUUAUAUCUCCUCGGUUUGUUCACAUCUCUCUCUCUCCCCCAUCUAUCUAUCUAUCUAUCUAUCUAUCUAUCUAUCUAUCUCAAUCAUUUUGUAUCUAUGUCAGUCUCUUCACAUAUCUCUCUCUCUCUCUCUCUCUAUAUAUAUAUAUAUAUAUAUAUAUAUAUAUAUAUAUAUAUAUAUAUCUUAAUAUUUUUAUAUCUCCUCGGUUUGUUCACAUCUCUCUCUCUCCUCAUCUAUCUAUCUAUCUAUCUAUCUAUCUAUCUAUCUAUCUAUCUCAAUCAUUUUUGUAUCUAUCUAUCUAUCUAUCUAUCUAUCUAUCUAUCUAUCUAUCUAUCUAUCUAUCUUUCUAUCUAUCUAUCUAUCAACAGAAAGGAAAAUAGAGGGUUACAAACAUAG